AUGGGUAAAUGGGUGCAGGAAAACGUUACCAAUCUCGAGAGUAUCAGCAAAGCUGCUAAGCAGGUGCAAGAGCAUGUCGGAGAAAGUGGGUUGACCCUGCUGGUGAACAAUGCCGCCCUUCGGCUGAAUGGCGACCUGGAGACCGAGACGGCUGAGCAGAUGGCGGCGACGUAUGCUACCAACACUAUUGGGCCUCAUCAAGUGAGCCAGGCAUUUCUGCCCCUGCUGAAGACGGCAGCUGAGAGGAGUCCUCUGCAAGGACUGAGCUGCAGCAAGGCGGCCGUGGUCAACAUAUCCAGCACUGGAGGCUCCAUAGGUCUCAUGUUCCUCUGGGAAAAGAUGCAGCGGGUCGGCUAUCGCUGCAGUAAGGCUGCUCUGAACAUGCUCACCAAAUGCCAGUCACGGGUGUACCAAGACUAUGGAAUUCUGUGCCUUUGCAUCCAUCCUGGCUGGGUGAAAACCGGAACAGCAGAGGCAGAUCUGACCGAGGAAGAGAACGCACGAGGAAUCGUUCAUGUCCUUGCCACGCUUUCUGAGAAGGAUAACGGGACCUUUGUGGACUGGGAAGGACGCCCACUUCCUUGGUGAAAGAUUUCCCUCACGCCACCCAAGGGCUUCUGACAGAAUCCCCAAUAAACCA